UAAACAGGAAACCGGAAAGAUGGAGAAACAUUGAAACCACCACCACCCCCCUUCACUUCGCCCCCAACACAACACACACAAAACACAAUUCAAUCAAUUCGUCUUCCUCACCCCUUUCUUAUUAUCAUCAUUAGGGUUCCACCAUGAUAUUCAUUUCAAUUUCUUUUCUUUUCAAUUAACCCUUUUCCCCAAUCCCCAAACACAAUUUUUCGUUACCCAGAUUUGCAUACGAAUCUAAUAUCUUUUUUUUUUUUCUUGGAGAUUAAAGCCCGUCUUUUGAUUCGGGUAUUGCUCAAUUUUGAAUCUUUUUUAUUUGGGUAUUUUCUUAUUAUCGAGAAAAAGUUUGAUACUUUGAGCAAACCCAUUUGUUAAUUUUGGUAAAAGUUGUCAACUUUUGGGGGAUUUUGUGCAAGCAAUGUGGUAUGUCAGAAGGGUUCAUGAAUCUGCUUUCUGUGUGUUGGAAGCCAUUCAAGGGCGACAGUAGCGAAAACCCGGGUGCUGUUGCUGCUGGGAAUGGUGAUGGCGUUGACUUUGAGAAAGAUGGGUUGUUGUGGUUUAGAGAUAUUGGGAAAUAUGGUGGUGGUGAGUAUUCUAUGGCGGUAGUUCAGGCUAACCAGGUGCUUGAGGACCAGAGCCAGAUUGAGUCGGGUUCCUUCGGGACAUUUGUUGGGGUCUAUGAUGGUCAUGGUGGGCCGGAUGUGGCUCGUUACGUUUGCGAUAAUUUGUUCAGGAAUUUUCAAGCAAUAUCUGCCGAGCAUUACGGUGUCGUGACCCCGGAGACGAUAAGAAGAGCGUUUCUUCAAACAGAGGAUGGAUUCACUGCUCUUGUAUCUGAGUCAUUUAAUACACGCCCUAGCAUUGCAACCGUUGGAUCGUGUUGCUUAGUUGGAGUAAUAUAUCAGCAAACUCUUUUUAUUGCAAAUCUUGGAGAUUCUCGUGCUGUUCUUGGUAAGAAAGUUGGUAGCACGGGUGGUAUGGCGGCUAUUCAACUGUCGUCAGAGCAUAAUGCAAAUCUUGAGGAGGUUAGACAUGAGUUGAAAAAUUUACACCCACAUGAUCCAGAUAUCGUUGCCAUGAAGCAUGGGGUCUGGAGGGUCAAAGGCAUUAUUCAGGUUUCGAAGUCCAUUGGGGAUGUUUAUAUGAAACAUGCAGAAUACAAUACUGACUCAAUUGCACAAAAGUUUCGACUUCCUGAAGCAACGGUUAUGCCUAUUUUGUCUGCUACUCCCACAAUCCUUACUCAUGAGAUCCACCCGAAUGAUUCUUUUCUUAUAUUUGCCUCUGAUGGUUUAUGGGAACACUUGAGCAAUGAAGAAGCUGUGGAGAUUGUUCACAAUAAUCCACGCUCCGGAAUAGCAAAGAGGCUAGUGAAAGCGGCUCUACAGGAAGCUGCAAAAAAGCGAGAAAUGAGAUAUUCUGAUCUGAAGAAGAUCGACAAGCGCGUGCGGCGUCACUUCCACGAUGAUAUAACUGUAAUUGUAUUGUUUCUAAAUUAUGAUCAAAUAUGUAAAGGAGGCGGCGGGGGCGCGUCACAGAAUGUCUCUCUUCGAAGCGCGCUGGAACACUAAUCACACUCAGAUUCAGAUUCAGAUUCACUCGACAACCAAGGAUUCGAUUCUAUUCUAUUCUAUUAUCUAUAGAGUUUUUAUUUUAUCAUUAAUUUAAAUGAGGCCAUAAAUACAAAGACCGAAACAUCUGAUGGAUGGAUGAAUGUUCUUGAAUCAUAACUUGUUUGUAAUAUCAUUAUGUUAUCAUCUUCUUCAUCAUUAUCAUCUUACCAUAAA